GUUAUUGUUGAAAACCAGUUGGAUUUAUUUCUCCUUUGGAUGAGUACGUGAGGAAGACGUCAAGUUUUAACUACCACUAUUUAAUUUAUGUACCCUUUACAUGUUCAACGUAGUGUUCAGUAUUGAAAUUAUUGAGCUCCCCCAUUUCCUUCACCUGCAUUGGUCACAAUACAUCACAAACUGCCUAUUGCAAAAAAAUGUCUCCAACAGGUGGUAUCAAAUACCUUUAUCCGGGAUAACCAGUUGCAGUUCACUUUAAACCUCGUGGCAUUUCAUACCAACCAAGGUCCCUCACUUGUUAACUUACCCAUCUAGUAAAGGUGAAGAAAGAAACAGCGUGAAAGAGAUAGAAGCAGACCAAGCAUCAACGGUCCACUAAAUGGGCAAAUGCCGCUAUUCUUGCCCAGGAUCUAGUUGGUACGUUUCAGGUACUUCAAAGUGUUACUUGUUGUAGUCAAUAAACUUUGGAAUUAUUCCUCCAACAGGAAAGUGAGGUGAAUGAGUGAAACCGUGCGUUUUCUUCCGUUUUGAAAGUGCUACGUGAAGUUCAAAGCUGGAUCUUGAUGGGAUGAAGGAAUUACGAGGAAAACUAACGAUUUAGGUAACAAAAAUCUGAGGAACAAGCGACUACAACCUGAGAUGUAAUCAACUGAAUCAAGAUGUCCUCCUCAUCACCGGAUCCGUCGAAGAGUCCGGAUCAUUUGUUGCAAUCGAACGAGAACAACGAACUGAUUCACCAAAACCAGAAAUGCCAAUGCAACGAAAAACUACGUGAUUCCAUUGAAACUUCUAAGACUGAACCAUCACAUCCUCACUGCUCAACCAAAUCAAUUCAUCACCAUCAUUCCACGCAAACGCUAGCCACCCCACAGCAUAGUCACCAAAUGAAUCAACUGAACCAAAUCAAUCAGAUCAGUUGUGCAGUGACGAGCAUGCAAAAUAUUCAAGCUUCACCAAAGACAAUUCCCAGUAGGAAGUUGUCGAAUACUGGAUGUUCUUGCCAUUUUCAAGAGGAUAAUCAUCCCAAGGAUGAAGUUGAGGUUAGGGAAUUGAGAAAGUUCGAACCCGACGAUCGGAUAGAGAUUUCUCCACUACCUCCCGCCCUACCUCCGCGCCCACCCCCUAGGCCUAGGUUCGAUUCAUCACUGAAUUCCAGAUACAGGACGAGGAUGGCUAGUUCAAAUACUGGGGAAUCGAAAAAAUACGUAUUCUGCUGUACAGUAUGUGGAGGCCUGGUCACGAUUUUAGGAUCUCUCUUCUUGACUGUUUAUUUUUUAUUGAGAUCACUCACAUCAACUUUAAAUUACUUCGAAACUAUCCCAACUUUUGUACCUGCAUCAUUGCUGAUAUUCACAGGAAUACUGAUUAUGAUCUUAUCAAAGAGGAAAUACCGAAAUAAUUAUUUGAUAAAAAUUGGAGGUCUAUGUUGCAUGAUAUGUGCCUUAACAUGCGUCCUGGUUACAAUCACCACUACAGUCAUCCAUAUGAAUAGACUUCAGACUUUGAGGGAGUGUGUUUAUACAAAGAAAACAAGAACUUGUACCUGCUAUUCUGUUCUACUGGAGGCUCAGUCAGCCACUGACGAAGGUAUGCGUUUCGUGUUUGAUUCGACACCGGACUGCGAAGUUAUCCAUGGAGAACUCUACGUCUGCUUGAGAAUGAUGUUUGGGAUUUCAGUAACCGGCAUAUUAGUUUGCAUCUUCUCAUGCAUGUUAAUGUACCAGUUGUUGAGUCACGAGAAGAAGAAGAUGUACUGGGAACAGUUAGAAAUGAGAUGCCGAUCAUUCUAUCAACAACAUACCAACCCUCCGAGUAGCGCACACGGGUCAGUUCGAGAACCACCGUUAGCUUCGACAAUUUACUGUAGUUGUUGUGAAGAAUGCAGAUAUCCGCCAAUUCCAAUGGGCCCUCAAGUUUAUCCUUGGGAUACUCACAAUUCCACAGACAGGUUUUGGAACCCCGGACGUAUAGGAAAUUUUUACUCGCCCAAUCCAGGAGAUUUACCAGCAGGAGAUAAUCAAGCCAGAAAUCGAGCAGGAUGGAGUUGGAGAAGAUUUCCUUGGGGAAGAAGCAGUGCUGCGCAGCCGGAAAUUCCUAGGGAAUCUUCUUCUUUUAUGUACCAAGGGGUAGCCAGUAGUGCUGACAGUCAGUAUGGAUUCACAUCACGAACGGGAAAUGAUAAUUGUCAUCCCAGAGAGCAAGUAUCUGGUUCUUCGGAUUCAUAUAGUAUGUUGGAUAACAGACCUCCGAUGGGUGGUGUUUAUGUAUGGGGCCCUCCUCCUCCAUACUCUAACCCCAACUCGCCUGCAAGAAGAAUCUUUCAUUCUCCAGCACAUAGAUAUCAACAUGUGCAUCAUCAUCCCAUGCAUGGUCAUGAAUCUCACUGUCAGAUGAAUUCCGAAAACAAUACAAGGAACUCCAGAAGGAAUCGUCCACACGCUUCAAACAAACAAAAUUACGAGAAUACAGUUGAAACCGAAAUCCACCAGAACAACGACAACAGUGAAAGCACUGAUACAUCCAGUUGCCUUGAGAGAAUUUCCCAUACUUUACCUGUUAGAAAAAUGAAGAAACGCGCAGAUAUGGCUUCAGUCAAAUCGAUUUAUCAUCAAAGUUCAUCAAGUAAAGUGAAUGUUCAGAAUAUAUUCAUGCAGAAUGGCCAAGAUGGACAGGGUCAAUCUAUGGAAGAGAACAGCUACACAGAGCCCAACUUAAACGAAUCUGAAAAUGCUAGAUCUGAACCGCAAAAGUGUAAAUUUAUGCCAAGAAUGCAGGGCGUAGAAAACCCUACGUUUCAAAAACAGGAAAAUAGCCCCCAGAAAGCUGAAACUGCAGAAUCUGAGGUUUAUUUCGCAGAUGUGAGCAGUUGUUGCAAUAUUUCAGUAAGAAAUGAUGGUCAGGAUUCGUCUUUAUACGAUGAAGCCUUGGAGAAUCAGAAACCAAGAAUGGACAAUAAUCAGUGCAUACAGAGUUUCCAGGAGAACAUAUCUAAUGCCACUGCAAACGAGGAUGAAGAUUACCUAGUCCAUAGAAUGGGAAAUAGGCAGAUGAGUAUAAGGAGUCGAAUGCCCAUACCCUUACCCCAAAACGACGAACUCAAUUUUCAGAACGAACCUUGUUUGCAAUUAUUAACGAAAGAUAUUUCACAAAAUAGUUUAUGUAGCAGUGUACAAACCCCGCUUACUGAAACAACAGAUGAUGCCGUCACCCCCUCCGAAUGUUGCUCCAAUUUCUUCCCAGAAAAUACCAUGGAGUCGUCAAAAACUAAAAAAUUCUCUCCCAACGAACAAUAUUUAGCCCCAGAUGCUCAAUACGAGAUUGUGCAGAAUCAAGAAGAUUUCCGACAAAAUUCCAGUAAUCUGACCAACACUAUAUCUGGCUUGAACAAUUUCGGUCAAAAUUAUUAUAACCAAAGCAGAAAGUUCAAUUAUCUCUCACCAAAUUGUUCCAACUCAAAAGCGAGCGGUACUUCCAUAGUUUGUAGGAAAACUACGGGAAGUAAUAUUACGAACCUUAUUCAAAAUUUGGGGGCCAAUUCUGGUGGAUUGCUUUACGGAGAGGCCAGUGCAGGAGAAGAAGAAACGCAAGUUCAAAGUUGCCACAGUGACGGAACAAUGGAUUCAGGAUGGCAAAGUGGUUCGGAGAAACAUGGUGAAGCUAAGAAAAUUGAAGAGCACCCUUCCAACUGAAAUAUUCAUGAAAUUGACAAAUCAGAGUAUUCCUUCCAUCUUGAGCUAUGAACUUGGAUAUUGCUAUCUGUCCUGAAAUAUCCUUUGCUAUGCAAAGUGUUCUUUCGUUUAAUAUUCAGAGUUUAUGCUACUCCACUAGACCAAGUUGAAAAAGAAAAUAUAUAGUCUCUUUAUUCCUGUUUGUGAAAUUAUUUUUCUAAGUCUCGUUAUUCGUAAUUUCCACUAAUAGGAUUUUGGCUUUCUGUUAAAAUAUAUGCAAUAUGUUAUUGUGAGAUUAUAUAUUAAUGUUGUAUUAUAUUAAUAUAAAUAUUUCGAUGGACAUAAGAUAAUAAUUAGACUAGACCGAGUUUUGUAUAUUUGUUUUUAUAAUAAAAAUGGAUUAUUGAAUCUG